ACCGAUGCCGUGAUGUGUGAACGAUAGGCGCGGGAAAUCUGAUAACGUUUUACACAGUGUCUCUGUCCUUUACUCUCACCAUAGAGUAGAGUAAGGCACUAGGUUCAUACACAAAAGUGAUUAGUGGUGUUAAGUUAGACUGGUACAGCUAUCUGCUCCAUUCUGGUUGGGAAUUCAUCUUUGCCACUGAACAAGAAACUUGCACUGUUCAUCAUGGCUAGUGGUGAUUCAGCCAUUGAGAUUAUAGAGCUCACCCCAGAUCCACAUCACAAUGUUUCAGACAAAAACAUCUCACAAGAUGAACCAAUGGAACAAGAUGUGUUUCUUCCAAGUACUCCACAACCCAAAUUCUCCAGAAUACCUGCACAUGCCCACUCUACCCCCAGACCUCCAGGAAGCUUAACCGACUCUGAUGCUUACCUUAAAACCAAUGUCUUCCCAGUAAACUGUGACACGACUGAAACACCAGAUAGAAGACAUCAUGAGGGAAUGAACUCUGAGACACAGUCUAAGCCUGAGGUGUCUACUUGCCGCAAGCAAUACCUAUUCUGUCUAGCGUUGAUAGCCAUAUCAAUCCUCGUUGGAUUUCUGGCAGGUUACUUCAUACGUGAAAAGGUUUUUGAGAGAGAUAUGGUGACCAGUUCUAAUGAGCAGAAAACAUCCUCUGCAGACAAAAUGAAACAGUACCAUCAGCAAGCUCUGGGAAAUAUGUCGAAUGAUGGAAUUGCUGCUUAUGGAAGUAUUUUCAGUCAGCAUGAGUGUGGCAGUACAACACCAUGUAGUCAAAGUAUGUCAGCUAUUGUUGCACAACAGCUAAAACAAAUGGGUUUCAGUAAUGUAGAUGUGUCAUCAUAUGAUGUACUCACAUCACAACCAGAUAUGUCUCAGAUCAGCUCAUUACGGACACUAGACACUGAUGGACAACAACUUCACAUGGAAGUCUUAUAUGGUAGCGAUCAAGAUACAAAACAAGAUAAUGGAGAGAUGCAAAAAGAUGAUACAGUGAAUGCUGGGGAUGACAAGGCAAAACGAAGUGUUGUUACAGAAUCAAUGGAUACACAAACUACUCUCAUGUACAUGCCCUUCUCUGCAUCUGGCAACGUUCAGGGUGAGCUGGUGUACACACACUACGCUACGCAGGAAGACUUCCUGAUACUAUCUGAGAAUAGAAUCAAUGUGACUGGGAAAAUAGCCAUUGCUAGACAGGGAACAAUGAUGGUCACUGACCAGGUGCGUAAUAUUGAAGAGCAAGGUAUGAGUGGAUUGAUACUGUAUACAGACCCUAGUGAUAUGGCAACUAUAAUGACAAGGAGUACAGAAACACUUGUAGGAAUGUCUGGUAUGAUGGGAGAUCCACUAACACCAGGGUGUCCUGCUAUGGAUGGUAUAAGUAGAAUGACGAUGAAGAUGGCAAGCUUGCCCAGUAUUCCUAUACAGCCAAUAUCUCCUGGAUUAGCAGAGAGACUUCUGGGUAAUAUGACCGGUCGGAUGGCUCCAAAUGGUUGGCAAGGAGGAUUUAAUGCAACGUAUUACAUGGGGCGUAGAAAUACAAAGAAAUCCACAUGGACUAUUGAGCUUGAUGUGAGUAACAGUAUGAAGAAACAAUCGGUUGAAGAUGUAAUUACUACCAUUACAGGAACACAAAUGCCUGAUGAAUACAUUAUCCUUGGUGGUCAUUUCCCAAGCAUGAUGCCAGCCAUGAUUGUUCCAGGAAUGACCUUGAUGACCCCAGGUCAUGGGUCAAUAUCAAUGAUGAUGGAAACAGCUUCAGCGUUGAGUAGUAUGCUUGCUGAUGGAUGGAGACCACAACGUACUAUAAAGUUAGGGAUAUGGGGAGGCGGGGACGUCGGCCAUGCUGGCUCCAUGGAGUGGAUGGAAGAGCAUCGGGAUAUAUUGAGUCAAAGAGCUGUAUCUUAUAUUGAUUUGGAUUCAAUGAUGGGAGAUGAUGGUACAGUCAAAGCACAAGCAUCUCCUCUUCUAACAGGUGUUAUCAUGAAAGCAGCUUCUAUGUUGGAGUUAUCUGAUGAUAUACAUCCUGGUAUGUUGAAUGGCAUUGGUGACCAUGUAGCAUUUUCCAAUAUGCUUGGUAUACCAUCGGCAAGACUACAUGCUUCACAUAGUGAUAUGUCACAGAUGCCUACCCCGUCUGCAAGUCAAUCCAUGUAUAUGUCUGCAACUAAGCUAGCUACACAGACUGUUCUUCUCUUAGCAGACAGUGAUGUCAUACCAUUUGAUACUGUUGCUAUGGGUGACAUGUUAAUGGGCUAUGUUGGCACCUUAGAGUCUAAGAUGGGAGAUGUUUUAGUACUCAGUAAUAUGACCAUGGAUAACCUAAAGGCAGCUGUUUCAGACUUCAUGGAGGAAUCUAGGAAUAUGCAAAGCAUGAUGGUUGAUGAGUCUGUGAUGGAGUCUUCUGUUACCAUGACGAUGGUAAACCAUAGAUUGAUGUAUAUGGAGAGGGCAUUUGUUGGCAUGGAUCCCAGUGGCACAAUGACCCAUAUCCUGUAUGGAAUGACAGAGAAAGACACAUUCUCACUAGUUGCUGACUACUCACCAAGCAAUAUGAAUAAUGAAACCAUGACAACAAUGAUGCAACAAGUCUCCUUCAUUCAGUGUUCUAUCCAAUCAGCAACAAUGUUACUUAAGAUGGAUGGCUCGUAGCCAAUAAGCAAGAAGAUUAUUGAGGAAACGGUAAAAGUGAAGUACAAUAUCAAAAGACUAAUUCAUUAAAAACAUACACCGUUAUGUGAGCUAGUAUACACGUAUUGACUGGAAUUGAGGUUAACUAUAGUCUAUUCCCUCGGGGGACUUUGAGUGACCAGAAGAGGGACAAGUAGGUCCCUCUUCUGGUCACUUCACAGGCCCGAAUUAUACCAGUCCAUACGUGUUUUAUAACACACCUCGGUCUCAAAUGUGAAAUAAGAAAAACAAAUUUGAAAGGAAUGCAUUUAAUUUCCCAGGAUUCAGCCUUUUUAAGUUGCUGUUCACAGUUCAUGUCAAGAGAGGGCGCUGUAACCAGUCAAAAAAUAAAAGACUAGAUGGAUUGCACAUGACGUCAUUGACCGCAAUCUUUGAUGAAAAACAAUGGAAAUGUGUAUGUACUGUGCAUGACUGUCAGCCAAUGAUAGCCUUUCUUGCUGCAGGGUCAUCAAAGAGGGCGGCCAAUGCAAGCGGUCUAUCCCUCGGGGACAAUACACCGUUUGCAUAAAUUGUAUAUAUUUUUAUUCACUGAGAAGUGUGCCUUAGUGAUAUUGAGUUAACUUAAAGAUUUAUUGACCUUGAUUUUUAUUGUGCCUUAGCAUGCAUGUGCAUAAUGAUAUGCUUAUAUAUGAAUUAUUUGACAGUAUUAUUUGAAAGUAUUGUAAAAAGUAAGUGGCUAGAGACUUGGGGUCGUUUCUCGUUAAGGCAAACAGGUUCGCUCAUCUCUUGAAAAUAAUUAUUAUAAUAAGAUCUACAGCUUUAUUUAAUUUCCAUGGAAUGGAAUGGAACUUGUAGUCUUUUUAAUCCGAUUGUUCUUACUUGAUUUUAUCCUUGGCAUUUGUAACUUGUAAAGAGUAUACAUAUAUACACGUUUCAUUUGUCUGUAAAAUAUGUCGAUCCUGAAACUGUGCCUAACCGAACCAACAAUUCAGUUGCAGUUUGUGCACAACAGUUGCAUCACCAUACGAAGAAACUCACAAAAACACUGAACACCGCAGUUCUUGUUGCUGGUUAUGAUCACCAAAACGCAGCCCUGGCAGCCCUGUUGACAGGCAAUGUUUAAGUCCCUACCUGAGGUAACCUGUGAUACCCUGUAGUAGUAAGUGCCAAGAAUCGUUUGGGCUUUACUUGGCGUGGAGUGAGAACCGCUUAUCAAGAUCUUCAUGGGAAGAAGAUAUGGGUACAUGUAUCUAGAGAUCUAUUCGUAUCACCUUAAUACACAAUAUACAUGUAUUAUGGCUUAUUUGGGGAUGUUGGUUUUUUUUAAUAGAGGAAAAUUUCAUAUUUGUUGUAAUCCGAAUUAUAACUAGAGAUUUAUUGAUUGAAUUGUAUUUAAGUUUUUAGAAAUUGUAAAUGUUGGGUUUAGUGUUAAUGAUCACUAGCUAAUGUUUUUUUUAAAUGUAAGUUUCAUAAGCACCUAUAAAUGCAUUAUGCUCAACUCCUUCAAACUCCCAAAAAAAUACAUGAACAAAUCUUCACUGAAACAAGGAAUUUCAGUUUUUGAAAACAGCUUUUCAACCCAGAACACUUAUCCUCUAGAUGCUUCUCCUCUUCCUGUUCUUAUACUGUUUAAAAGUAUGAUCAUUUUAAUAUUCAAGAAAUAUUAUAAAAUGUAUAAUGUUAUAACCAAUCUCUUAUUGUGUAUAGUGUAACACUGAUGGAGGGAUGUAACAAUUACAUGUACAUGUACUCAGUGUUUUGCCAUCUUGGCUUGUCUUGUAGUUAUUUACUUGAAAAUCUGAAAUAAAGCUCUGGUACAGUGCAGUACUGUACAGAUUGCCAAAUAUAUAAGUUUUAAAGUGUUUGGGUAGUUACCCAUUUUAGACAGUUCUAGAGUUGUGUCAAACCAAAUGAUUGAAUUAAGUACAUGAAACAUUUGAAACUAGUUCAGACUUGCUGGAAGUCGAAAGAUUCACUGUUGCAGUCGUUCGGAACGAUUCUGGAUAAUCUUGGUUUCAGACCUUGAUCUUGUCAUGAGCAAAACCUUAUUUAAUUGUUAUUAUUAAGCCUGCCUGAAACCAACGUUUAUAGAGUCGCUCCUGAUCUAUUUGGUUCGACAUAACUCUGGAGUGUCUGUCUGAACCAGGUGUUAUUGACACUGGACACUAUCGGUAAUUUUCAAAGACCAGUCUUCUCACUUGGUGUAUCUCAACAUAUGCACAAAAUAAC